CGGAGAGGGAGGGAGGAAGGGGCGCCAGCGGCGGGCGGGAUCCUGCGAGGCGCGUGAAGCCUCGCUGGCGCCUCGUCGGGAACCCAGAAGCUGGCGGGCGCGGAGUUUCUCACGACGGACCGAGCCCGCCUUUGCUGACUGCAAUUCAGAAAGCAUCAACUUUUCUCACUGGAUGCAAUCCGCAAAUGAAAUAUUCUUGCACUAUUUUAAAAAGCUUUGUACUUCGUUAUAGAAAAGUUCACCCCCAAAAUGAAAAUGAGGGCGGUUGAGAACGUGAUUUAAGGUGUGGACAUUUGAGGUGUCCCAUCAAAUCAGUGAACUGGAAGAUAAGGUACUGAAUAGAUUAAUCCAAAACCUUUACUAUUUCUUAAACCAGGAGGAUUUUAUCUUGACAGAAAAACUACUUUUAUUCAGUAUGUAUUUUCUGAAAUUAAAGCAGAGAGACAAGAAAAUACAUGAAGAUGUUUAAUAAACAAUGUCUACUCUUUUCUGAUGAGGAUAACUCAGUGAUGUUAAAUCCUUUACAGAUCCCUGGUUGUGGUCCUAAAGAUAAGACUCUCUUUUGAUGGGACUGAUAUUAAGAGAAGUGGGACCUUUUUUUGUGCAUUCAACUCUCAGUGAUAGAAUUUGUAAUCAUCAGCAUGAGUGGCUUAAAAGAAGAAAUAAAGAAGCUUUCAACUAAAUCCAAAAGUGCAGUCAUUUUUUUACUGCUGUUACUUUAAACGGCUCUUCAUAACCAUUUAAAAAGGAUUGACAACUGUUUUAAAGAUUAAAGAAAGGCAGAUGUCUGCAAAUAAUUCCCCUCCAUCAGCCCAGAAGUCUGUAUUACCUGCAACAAUUCCUGCUGUGCUUCCAACUCCUUCUCCGUGUUCAAGUCCUAAGACUGGACUUUCUGCCCGCCUCUCUAAUGGAAGCUUUAGUGCACCAUCACUUACCAACUCCAGAGGCUCGGUGCAUACAGUUUCAUUUCUACUGCAGAUUGGCCUCACACGGGAGAGUGUUACCAUUGAAGCCCAGGAACUGUCUUUAUCUGCUGUAAAGGAUCUCGUGUGCUCCAUUGUUUAUCAGAAGUUUCCAGAGUGUGGAUUCUUUGGCAUGUAUGAUAAAAUUCUUCUCUUUCGCCAUGACAUGAAUUCAGAAAAUAUUUUGCAGCUGAUUACCUCAGCAGAUGAAAUACAUGAAGGUGACCUAAUAGAAGUUGUUCUUUCAGCUUUGGCCACAGUAGAAGACUUCCAGAUUCGUCCACAUACUCUCUACGUACAUUCUUACAAAGCUCCUACUUUUUGUGAUUAUUGUGGCGAGAUGCUCUGGGGAUUGGUACGUCAAGGACUGAAAUGUGAAGGCUGUGGAUUAAAUUAUCAUAAACGAUGUGCCUUUAAGAUUCCAAAUAACUGUAGUGGAGUAAGAAAGAGACGUCUGUCGAAUGUAUCUCUACCAGGACCUGCCCUCUCAGUUCCAAGACCACUACAGCCUGAAUGUGUAGCCCUUCCCAAUGAGGAGUCACAUGUUCACCAAGAACCAAGUAAGAGAAUUCCUUCUUGGAGUGGUCGCCCAAUCUGGAUGGAAAAGAUGGUAAUGUGCAGAGUAAAAGUUCCACACACAUUUGCUGUUCACUCUUAUACCCGUCCCACAAUAUGUCAGUACUGCAAGCGGUUAUUGAAAGGCCUCUUUCGCCAAGGAAUGCAGUGUAAAGACUGCAAAUUCAACUGCCAUAAACGCUGUGCAUCAAAAGUACCAAGAGACUGCCUUGGAGAAGUUACUUUCAAUGGAGAACCUUCCAGUCUGGGAACAGAUACAGAUAUACCAAUGGACAUUGACAGUAAUGACAUGAACAGUGAUGGUAGUCGGAGCUUGGAUGACACAGAAGAGCCGUCUCCCCCAGAAGAUAAAAUGUUCUUCCUGGAUCCAUCUGAUCUUGAUGUGGAAAGAGAUGAAGAAGCUGUUAAAACAAUCAGUCCAUCAACAAGCAACAAUAUUCCACUAAUGAGGGUCGUACAAUCCAUCAAGCACACAAAGAGGAAGAGCAGUACAAUGGUGAAGGAAGGGUGGAUGGUCCAUUAUACCAGCAGGGAUAACCUGAGAAAGAGGCAUUAUUGGAGACUUGACAGCAAAUGUCUAACAUUGUUUCAAAAUGAAUCUGGAUCAAAAUAUUACAAGGAAAUUCCACUUUCAGAAAUUCUCCGUGUAUCUUCGCCACGAGAUUUCACAAACAUUUCACAAGGCAGCAACCCACACUGUUUUGAAAUCAUCACUGAUACUAUGGUAUACUUUGUUGGUGAGAACAAUGGGGACAGCUCUCACAAUCCUGUUCUUGCUGCCACUGGAGUCGGACUUGAUGUAGCACAAAGCUGGGAAAAAGCUAUUCGCCAGGCUCUCAUGCCUGUUACCCCUCAAGCAAGCAUUUGCACUUCUCCAGGGCAAGGGAAAGAUCACAAAGAUUUGUCUACCAGUAUCUCCGUAUCUAAUUGUCAGAUCGAAGAGAAUGUGGACAUCAGUACCGUUUACCAGAUCUUUGCAGAUGAGGUGCUUGGUUCAGGCCAGUUUGGCAUUGUUUAUGGAGGAAAACAUAGAAAGACUGGAAGGGAUGUGGCUAUUAAAAUAAUUGAUAAGAUGAGAUUCCCCACAAAACAAGAAAGUCAACUCCGUAAUGAAGUGGCUAUUUUACAGAAUUUGCACCACCCUGGGAUUGUAAACCUGGAAUGUAUGUUUGAAACCCCAGAACGAGUCUUUGUAGUAAUGGAAAAGCUACAUGGAGAUAUGUUGGAAAUGAUUUUGUCCAGUGAGAAGGGUCGGCUCCCAGAACGAAUUACUAAGUUCAUGGUUACACAGAUACUUGUUGCUUUGAGGAAUCUACAUUUUAAGAAUAUUGUGCACUGUGAUUUAAAGCCAGAAAACGUGCUGCUCGCAUCAGCAGAGCCAUUUCCUCAGGUGAAGCUGUGCGAUUUUGGAUUUGCACGCAUCAUUGGUGAAAAGUCAUUCAGGAGGUCUGUGGUAGGAACUCCAGCAUACUUAGCUCCUGAGGUUCUCAGGAGCAAAGGUUACAACCGUUCUCUAGAUAUGUGGUCAGUGGGAGUUAUCGUCUAUGUGAGCCUCAGUGGUACAUUCCCUUUUAAUGAGGAUGAAGAUAUAAAUGACCAAAUCCAAAAUGCAGCAUUUAUGUACCCACCAAAUCCAUGGAGAGAAAUUUCUGGUGAAGCAAUUGAUCUGAUAAACAACCUGCUUCAAGUGAAGAUGAGAAAACGUUACAGUGUUGACAAAUCACUUAGUCAUCCCUGGCUACAGGACUAUCAAACUUGGCUUGACCUUAGAGAAUUUGAAACUCGCAUUGGAGAACGUUACAUUACACAUGAAAGUGAUGAUGCUCGCUGGGAAAUACAUGCAUACACACACAACCUUGUAUACCCAAAGCACUUCAUUAUGGCUCCCAACCCAGAUGAUAUGGAAGAAGAUCCUUAAUUAUCCGUGAGCUAACUAACUUCGAUAGGAAGGAUUUCAUUUUAUGGACUGAUAUUUUGCUGCAUAACUGUUCUUUUAGGUUAUCAUCUGCAAGAAUGCAAAGACAUGAGGAAGUAUGAUAAGGAAUCGGUGACACCAAUACUGUAGUUCACAAUGAGGUACAGGAGGGGAAACAGAAUAAAAACAGAUAAUGGAAUCAAGUGAAAUUUUCUAUAUUUUUUUUUAGUAUAAGCAAUAACUGGUUUUGUAUUUUUUCCUAAUCUUUCAUUUUAGUACAGUAGUGCCACUUAAUUUAUCUUCCCUUUCCUGUUCUUCCAUUACUUUUUUUAAAAGGGGGAAAAAGGCAAGCUAGAGCCCAGUUAUUGCAUAGCUUGACCAAAUCAUACAAGAAUUGUAAGGUUGAUAUGACUGCACAGGUGUGCAUUUAAGAGAUAACUGUGAGACUACCAAUAUGUGAUUUACUAUAAGGACUUUUAAACAUUUGUUUAACUGACCAUAGAGGAACUGAAUGGUUUUUCUUAGAUGCUUAGAAAAGGAGCACUGGACUGUUUUACCUUUUCCUUUUUAUGUUAAUCAAGACUCCGAAAUAGUGAUUCCUAACCUUUUUGGAGUUGCAACUCUGAAUAUGCUCUCUACAACAUAAAAAUUAGGUUGUCACCUUUUGUAUGUUGCAAUAGCCUCUAAGAUAAUUUGGGCCGACUGAUGUUACAAAACAAGAAGUAGGAACUUCUGGUCUGAGCGUGGUGUGUAUGUGGUGUCUUCUCAUAGCUCAACUCUGCUGCUAACUAUUUAUGUUCCCACUGACAUCACUGUGAUGGCACAACUGGAUUCCAGCAUUGAGUGAAUGCAGAUCUGAACUUUAAACGAUUUUUCUUUAUCCAGGGUUGAAUAGUUUGAGGGAGAAAAUUAAAUAUAUGCUAAAAGGAAGGCCAAUGCAGGUCAGUUAAUGCUACAGUUACUAUGCAGCAAAUAGUAUCCUUUUAUUUCUUCCCUUAGCUAUUGGACAGCUUUGCAGAUAAAUGUUUUUAAUCAAUUAUAAGCAGUUUGAAGCAAUGGGCAGUAGAGCAUGAAAUGCUUAGUUUGUAAGGGUGGGGCUAUAUUAUCAACACCGCAAAUAAAAGAAUGAAGUAUUUCUUUUUACAUUUCAGCCCCAGGAGCCAGCUAUUCUAAAAAUAGUUACUAAUAUUUUCCCCAAAGAAAGUUUAAGAUCUGGGACUAUACAAUUAUAACAAAUCUAGUGGCUUUUUGUUGCUUUAUUCCUCAGUAAUCAUUGUAGGCCUUUUUUUUUUCUUUGCCACUCUAAGAGCACAAGAUCUGGAGUUAGAAAAUCUGGGUCUUUCCAAGUCUUUAGUUCCUCAUUCUGUAAUAUGAAGAUUGUAAUUCUUGCCUCUACCUUCCUCACAGUGUUGUCAUGAAAAUCAGAUAUGUAUGAAUGUAUUCAAUAAACUAAGAACUAUAAAAAUGUUCAUUAUCAUUGCCCACUGAAUUUGAGGUAGCAAAGGAAAAGAACAUUCUUUAUAUCAGAUGUAGACUGAGAAGGCCUUUAGAGAUCCCUUUAGCUACCUGCUUUUCUAGGACUAAAAAUAUCUUUGAGAGAAUAGUACCAGACAUUGUGCAGUGCCCCUAUGUUCUAAGUUCUCUAUGUUUUAAUUUACCCUUACAACAGUCAUGUGGUAAAUACAUUCUGAACCCCAUCUUAUAGAUAAGGAAAUUGAAGCACAGUGAAAUUACCUGCCAAAGUUCACACAGUAUGUGGAUUUAAACCCAGGCAGUAUGGCUCCAGAAUACUGCUUAACCCUCCUGUAAUCAUUAUGCUAUCCUGUCUAUCCAUAAAUAUCUCUAGGAGACAUUCCACGUCUCUCAUAGGAAUUCCAAAGAUUAAACCAAAUUAAUUUUGAAAAAACAUCUUAGAAAUCUAAUUUUCCCUGUUGGAAAGCAUGACUUCCCCAGAUUUCUCCAAAGUUAAGUGUUUAUAUCAACAAGCACCAAAUGGAAUAAUUUUGAGUCACUAGGCAACUUUACUGUGGUUUUACUGCAUAAGGUGAAAAUUAACUGGAAUGAUGUUUGUUUGCUAUACUUAUAUCAUCAAACUUUACAAGCCAUGAAAUCAAUUGCACUCUUUUUAGUUUUGUUAUUGAAUGCCUAAGUUUUUUCUAGAAAAUUUUGUAAAGGCACUGUCAGAUAAUUUGGAGUUGAGAAAUUACUCCAGAAUAACUGUAUAACCUACAUAACCUUUUGUCUUGAAGUUAAGUUGUAUUUGUAUAAGAAAUAAUUGUUUGCUAGAAACGUUUGAUAAUGUACAAAGUAGUUUAUAAUGACACUGUUCAGUACAUUUUUAUAUUUUUGUGUUACAUCCCACUUUUUGUAAAUAUCCUCAGAGAAGCUUGAUAAUAAAAUGUCUUUCUGUAUCACCAUACUUUCCCAUGUGAAAACUUGAGCCUAUCUCUAGUAGAGGAAUCCAAAGAUAUUUUUACUUAAUUAUUUUCCUAGGCCUUGGUAAUAGAACAACUUUGGAAAUAGUAUUUGUAAAUGGAACUAAUGCUAUAUAUAAGAGCACUGAUUUUUUUUUUUUUUAA